AUUACAAUAUGGUGGAAUAACACUCAAAUGCAAGAAUAUUCCAUUAUACCAGUUCCUCCUAUUCAGUAUUACAUUAUUAGUGUAUACAAUACAUCAAACAGUAUUAUAUACACUAAUAAUACUACUAAUACUAAUAUUACUAUCACUGGACUACCUCUUACUGAUACAAGCUACACUGUUAGUAUCAUUCCUGUUAAUAUUAUUGGAUAUGGACCAUCAGCUACUGUUAAUGUCAGUGUAACCAGUAUAAGUCCUACAAUGACCAGUACUAGUUCAGUUACUAAUGCUCCAUCAUCAGUUACAAUAACUGCUGAUAUUAGUACCAGUAACUCAGUAAAAUACAUACCAUCUGCUUCAACUAUAGUAUCUGUAGCUUCAACAAAUUAUGAACAAACAUCAUCUUUCAUUUCAGCUACUAGUAUACCAACUGGUACUACUAUUAUUAGUACGCCAGUUUCAUCAACAACAACUGUAUCAAUUACUGCUGGUGGUUCUAAUGCUGUUCCUAUUAUAUCAGGAGCUAUUGGAACAGUAUUUGUUAUAAUAAUAAUAAUUAUUAUUAUAUUGGUAAUAGUGAUACUGGCAAUCAAGAAACAAAGAAGAAAAAAAUAUAAAAUAUCUAAAGAGCAAGUUCACAUCUAUAUUGUAUGUGUUCAUGAAUUAUCAAACCUACAGUAGUACUGAUGC